UAUUAACUAAUUUAGUUUAGUUUGGUCUUACAAUGACAACCUUGUAUCACUGUAACGCGAGUGCAAUUUGCAGUAAAAAAAACAUCGACAAAGAAACAGUAAUCCGAUUUAGAAAAUGGUGCAGUGACCAAAAAUUGCCACAUUUGAGUGAGGAACAACUACUUCUGUUCCUGUCAUAUACAACAAAUAUGGAGCAAGCACAAAACACAAUUCUGAAAUAUUUCCAGUGCAAGAGCAAAACACCUGAACUUUUCACCAAAUUGGACUUGGAUGCCGAAGACAUACAAGAAGCGAGGACCGUCUAUGACAUAGCUGUGAUUCCUGAAAGAACGCCAGACAAUAGAGUUGUGGCAUGUGGUAAAUUAAGAAACACGUCUUAUUCUCGUUUCCACUUGGAUCAGCUCAUAAAAUUAUGUUGUAUGGCUUUAGAAUGUUUCCUCUAUGACGGUCCUGUGGACGGAGUAAUAGUAGUAGUCGAUAUGAAAGGCAUCGGACUUCUACAUUUGACAAAAUUAAGGUUAAAUGCUUUGCAAAAAUUUUUCUACUUUAUCCAAGAAUGUGUACCUUUCAAAAUCGAGGAAGUUCAUGUUCUGAACACUGUAAAUUUUAUCGACAAAGUUAUUGCCAUAUUGAAACCGUUCUUGGGAAAAGAACUAUAUGAUGUGAUCAAGUUUUAUCCGAAUGGCCUAAACUCUGAAGACAUUUUUGGAAGUUUACCCAAAUCUUGCUUGCCUAAAGACUACACAGGAACUUUAUCGACUCUCAGUGUUCUGGCAGAAGAGACGUACCAAAAAAUGUCAAAGCUAAACUUGGUUUAUGCCCAACUGGAAGAACAAAUAAAGUGCUACAAGGAAAUAAAAAAUACAUAGUAAAAA